UGGAGAAUUAGGUUUGAUGGCCUUAGUAGUACCAGAAGAGUAUGGUGGGACUGGUAUGGAUAUUUGGCUUAUGCUAUUGCCAUGGAAGAAAUUAGCAGAGGUUGUGCAACUGCUGGGGUCAUAAUGAGUGUAAAACAACUCUCUGUAUAUGGGUCCACUGCUAGGAUUUGGAAGUGACAAGCAAAAGGAAGAGUGGAUCACACCCUUUACAACAGGAGAACGCGUUGGAUGUUUUGCCCUUUCUGAACCCGGUAAUGGUAGUGAUGCAGGUGCUGCAUCAACUGUGGGUAAAGAAGAUGGUGAUAGUUUUAUCUUGAAUGGCACCAAGGCUUGGAUCACUAAUGGUUAUGAAUCUGAGGCAGCGAUUGUCUUUGCUACAACAGAUAAGGCUAAAAAGCACAAAGGAAUAUCUGCAUUUAUAGUCCCCAAACCCACAAAGGGACUCCACGUAGCCGUGAGCAUCCAGUGCCAACUUCCCGGCCUUAUGUCAGUAAGCCUGAGCCAUCUACAUCUCCCUCACCACAUACCUGUCUCUCUCCCACACCAUCUACAAUGUUGCAGUUGGGGUUUUACUGCUCCAAUGACUUAGAAUAAGGUAUUCUGGGUCACCACUAGACCACAUGGGAAUACUGUACUGUAAUGUAUAUUUUUAAGCUCAUCUGCUCACUAGACAAGGUAAGAAAAAUUACUGUACUGUACUCAAUUGUAUUUUACUUUGCUGUACUUUUAACCCAUUUUCUUUUCAGGUUCAUUUACAGGUAAGACUGUAUUUUAUUUGUUUUUUCUUAGUAAGUCUGGUAGUCUAUCAAUACAGCAGAUUAAUUAUGUUUUAUUGGGCAUUUUUCCAUGUCUAGUAGUUGAUUGAUUAAGCAUACUACAUCCGCUUAAUUGGAACAUUCAGUAUUGCAGAAUUUUUAGUAAAUCAUACACCCCCUCCCUUUCUUAGUCCCUUUUAUCAAACCUUUACUGUAUUUUUUUUUUUUUUUUAAACACUAGCCAUCCACCACCGAGGCAAGGCAUCCCAAAAAAGAACAGAUGGAAGUUUUUCUCCAUUGUACAAUUAGUAAUUUAUACAGGAGAACCCUUGGUCCCGGCAUUUUAGUCGCCUUCUUACAACAUGCAUAACUUACGGAGGAGGGAUUCUUCUCCACCUCCCCAUGGCGUUUACUGUGAUAAUAAUAAUUGUAAUGCACCAAAUCCUUAUCACAUGCUAAAGUUAGGUUGUAUGAAACCCCCAUUGUAAUAGAUCCCAUAGACAAAGGAAAUAUUUAUCAUACCUCUUUGAUGUUCCCACUAAAGCGAAAUGACCCAAAGAAAUAAACACAUUCACCAUUAUUCUUACAAUAGCUGUUAUGCCAGAAGUAUGCAAGCAUAAUAAUUUUAAUGAUUUUCUAAAUAUGGGUAUGUCCAUUGGCUAAAAGAAUAUUGUACAUAGGAUCUUCGACAAAGGCAGAGAUAGGCGUGCUGAUAGUAUGUACACAUGAGUAUGUAUGUAUGUAUGAUGGUGUUUCUACUUCAGUGACUAACAAGACAUUGCAAGGCAAACUUGUCAGCACUUAUUUUUUCUUUACUGUA